AUGGAGUCGCCGCCAAAGCCGCCAGAGUCCUCGUCGGCCUCCGAACUCAUCAUCUCCUCUGAAGAGCUUAAAUUGCGUAUUCCAUUCGCAAAACCGGAUCUCAGAUUCACCACGCAAAACGGCCGCCAGGUCUUGACUCUCAAAGCUGAGAUUGACGGCGCAGAAGGGCGUGUAAAUUUCCAGCCACCACCUCGCUCUGCUACCACCUUCCACCAGUUCGGAAAGCUCCCUGUCGAGAUACAAAAGAGAGUAUGGGAACUUUCCUUUCCUGAACCGAGAAUCUUUCGGUUGGCAAAAAACAAAAACAAACACUGGACACGAGUCGUGGUUUCUCAUAAGCCGCCAGGUUUUUCUCAAGCAUGCCAUCUCUCCCGGCUCGUAUACUGCAAAGAGACAGAGUACGCUCUGGGAUCUGACGGUGGUUCUUACAAGAGUCUUCGGGUUUCGCCUUCCCGUGAUGUCUUUUAUUGGGACCAAGAUUUGGUUGACGAACAGCCGAUCUGCUCAUACUUUCCAGGUCUCGAACGUUUCGAGAACAUUGCAGUGAACCUGCCAAGACAGUAUCCUGACCUGGUAGAUACUACGUUGAACAGUUUUUUCUUCAGCGAGAACAAGUUCCUUAAUUUGCAGACUCUCAUCUUUGUCUUGGAACACAAUCUACCGUCUAAUGCCGAUGUAGUAUUUUUCGAUAUGGACAAAGAUACCACAAUGUUCUUUGACGGCGAAGCGUUGCAUCAGGAUGAAAUACAGGAAAGAUUCCAGGAAGAACUAGAAGAAAGGUUUCCACUACUCCAUGCCAAACCCAACUUUCGUUUCGUGGAGGCUGCACGUGCUCGGGCUCGACAGGUCUGA